AUGGAGCCAUGCGGCCCAGACAGUCUGUGCUAUGAUUUUCCCUCCUCGCUCCUCCUCCUUACCCCAGCCGCCAUGGCCCUGGAGCAGCUGCACCUGAGAUCCGGAUGCUGGCGGUGGCCGUGGCAAGACAAUAAGUACUACUACGUGGAGCUGACCAGCCUGGUUCUUGACACCGUGCGCAUCACCAGCCAAGACUUGGAGCGCUUCCUCUACUCGUGCCACAAGCUGCAGCGCCUGGAGCUCAACUACUGCGACGAUCUGGUGUACGUCAAGAUGCCACCUCGUCCGAGGCAGCGAGGCUUCAAAUUUCUUGCCUUGCGGCACUGCCGCUCCGUGAAGACGGUGGACGUAUCUGAUUCUGGUGUCGCAUCGCUGACUUUUGACACGAUAAACCGUGGGCCCAGCAUUCUUGGAUCCACGGUGGCGCCGGCUCCGAAUGUGACAAGGGCGAGCUUUCAUAUCUUGGCUAAUCCCGUUGCACCUGCAGCUGCUGGCGUCUUUGAAACCACAAGCUUGGCGCGCCUCAUGCCAGGCCUAGAGAGUUUAUCCUUGAGAGUCACGAUGCUAGUCAAGGUAGUUACUUCACCAGCAAGCACAUGGAAAUACCGUCAUUUGAAGCGCCUGGACCUUUGGAUGAUCUUGGAUGGCAAGAGCCGCCAAAGGAACGACUUCAUUUUCCUUCACCGGUUUCUCGACGCAGCGCCUGCAUUGGAAUCGCUCUCGUUGCAUCUCAUGAGCUCAGCCCCAGCUUUCGAUGCAUCCCGGAUGCCCCCAGGCGACGUUGAGAAGCGCCUACACCUGAGCCUCAAGACCGUCACCAUCACUGGGUUCGAUGCUCACCUCGCUUCCCUAGAGCUCCUGCUCUACAUCCUGGAAAACGCGCGCCCUCUUGAGCGCCUGUCACUUGAUCCCGCAUGGUACGACGUUGACAGCCAGAUGCCUCAAAUGAUGCCCCCGGACGUUACAAGGCAGCGUGCCCGGAAGGCCAUUACAAGGCAUAUUGCCCCCCGGAUAUCCCAACAUGUAGCGCUACAGGUCUUAUAA